AUGCUCUCCAAAACUUCCACAUUUGCCCUCGUCGCCGCCAUCGGCCUUACAUCCGCUGCGCCCACACCAGCCGGUGGCUCCUCCGCUCCCAUGUCCUGCGCAGCUUUGUGGCCAGGAGUUCUCGAGGACAUCUGGGAAGGAAAGCCGCAACAUAUCGCUUAUAACACACUAUCCCAGGAAGCUUCCGACCCCAGCCAAGGUCAUUUCGGCAUGGGCGCAACAUGGAAUGGAACUGCAUGGACCUCGCGAGAAUACACCUAUGCAUCUUUUGACAUCCCAGCUGAUGCGAAAAAUUGCGCACUUUGGUCAUCAUUCCCUGCGAGCAAAAACGACUACGAGGCCAUUCAAGGGCCAUUGAACCCGCAGGUUCAAACAUUCAGUCCCUCCACAACCCUCGAUUCCAGCGACCUUACAUUCUGGGAUGUCUUCCCUGUCGGUAGCGCACCCAACGUCGAAGAAUUUGCAUCAACUACCUUAAUAGCUGGACAAAAAACUUACAUCGGGCCCUUUGACUGCUCUUCAGCCUCUAAGGCUGAGUUCAUCGUGGGCAUCGCCAACAUGACCGGCCCAAAUGAGAACGAGGCAUCAGUUUACCAGUUUCGCGUCAACAAUACCGCUCCUCGACACUAUGGAUUGGUCGUAACAUAUGGCACCCAGAUCUGUCUCCCAAACUUCUAA